AUGGCGACAGAGGUCCGAACACUUAUAGAUGGGGCGACUAGGACACUUUCGCAGCUCGCGAAAAGGAUACACAUACCACUAACCGCAACAAGUCCGCCGGGUUUGGUAGAAGCUCUCACCGUGGACCCGUGGGACCAAUCUGGCAAGUAUGCCCUCGGGUGGACUUAUUUCUCGUUGGCGUUGAUGGGAUGUGUUCUUUUUGUGAGAAUAUGGCAUUGGUGGCAAGACAAAAUUCGACAGGCGAUCUAUAAGCAAGAGGUGGACAGACAUUAUGAACAUAUGUAUAGCAUGGAUCCAGGCUUUGCGCACACUGCUAUGCAGACUGGCCAGACCGGACAACAUUUCUUCCCAGAGACAAGCGAGGAGAAGCGAGACUUCAAACCGAAAACCGAUUUUUCUUCUAUAGGACCUGUGCUCGACGCGCUUGCCUUAUUUAGAUGGGUGUUUUACCGUCCUCUUCCGGACUUGGUGUGGCGGAAAUAUCGGCUAACUUUUUCGUCGCUUUCCGUGCUGGCGAUUGGCUUCAUUGCCCUGGCGUUCGUCACGCUUUACACAUUCUUACUACAGCCUCUCUACUGGCAAAGCAUUCAAUAUGGGUCGCCACCCGUCGCAAUUCGGGCGGGGAUGAUAGCGGUGGCAAUGACUCCCUGGAUUGUCGCUACGAGCAUGAAAGCCAACAUUCUCACCUGGAUAACAGGCAUUGGGCCAGAAAGGCUGAAUGUACUUCACCGAUGGGCCGGAUAUCUGUGUCUCUUCUUAUCGCUAGUGCACACAGUGCCGUUCUAUGUCCAGCCAGUCUGGGAUGAUGGUGGCAUGACCACGUUCUCACGUUUAUUCCCUGAAGGAAGUGGCGUCAUAUAUGGAACAGGUAUUGCUUGCCUUGUUCCGCUUAUAUGGUUGUGCGUUGGUUCUUUGCCGUUCAUUCGAAGGAUAGCCUUUGAGGUCUUUGUCAUGUUACACGUUCCGGUAGGUGCCGUUUACUUGGGCGUCUUGUUUUGGCACACGAAGAACUACCUUGCCUCCUGGGACUAUCUCUACGCUUCGGUCGCCAUUUGGGUGCUUUGCUACCUUGUGCGAUUUUCAAAGCUCAACUGGACGAAACCGUGGCGCUUGUCAUUCAUGGUAGGCGACGAAGCAGCCAUUACUUUAAUGACAGAGAACGCCAUCAAAGUAACAGUUCCAACCCAGAUGAAAUGGAAACCUGGGCAAUAUGUGUAUCUUCGCAUGCCAGGUAUCUCCUUCUUUGACAAUCACCCGUUUACCAUAUCAUCACUUUGCAGCGACGAUUUCCCAUCCGAAUAUGGCGAGCAAUUUCGGGAUUGUGUUCUCGUGUUCAGACCAUAUGGUGGUUUCACCCGGAGGGUACUUGAUACAGCAAUCGAGAAAGGGCCAUUCCAUACAUACCGAGCUUACCUCGACGGCCCUUAUGGGGGCAUGCGCCGGGAACUGGCCGCUUUCGACACCUGCAUUUUGAUAGCAGGGGGAAGCGGUAUCACAUCGCUAAUGUCGCAAUUAUUGAACCUCAUCAAACGCAUGAGAGAUGGCAAGGCCGUUACGAAGAAAGUUGUGGUUAUAUGGGCUCUUAAGCGUCUGGAAGCAAUGGACUGGUUCCGCGAAGAGUUGAGGAUCUGUCGUGAAUCAGCUCCUCCAGAAAGCGUCACCUGCAAAUUUUUUGUUACAUCAGCUGUGAGGAAUAGACAAAUGGGUCCUGGUCAAAAUCGGGCGCCAGGCCAUUUGAGCCAUCAGUUCCACGACAAGCUCGAUGGAUUUGUCGCCGGCAUAGCCUCGAAACGCAACUCCCAGUAUAUCCGGGAUGAGGCACAUGGUAACCCUGAUUAUGAGGAGGAACUACGAGCCGAAGAUGAAGACAGGAUUACUGCCCUCCCGCCUCAGCAGUACUUACAGCCACAUUACCUGCCGCCUCAGCGAUCGAUACCAGCGAAUCGCGAGUCCGCGCAAGAAGAGUCCUUGGCAAGGCUUGAGGGUAGAGAUGGUGAAGAUCUUGAUGGCUGCGAUGCCCCACCUCCAGCGCCAUCAUCAGAAUAUCCUGAAGACAAGCCAAAGAGUGACUUCCAUUUCCCCCCUCUCCAGACGCGUCCAGACUUGAAGCCUCACUUCAACUUUGCACCACCAACUCCACACAAUUUUGAUCCCUCAGCUACCCACACGCCGGAGGCGCGCUCUGUACAACCAUCGCAAGAUCUGCCCGGUCCACCUGAGUUAGCUCACCUCCGAACCACGAAUUUACCUAAUCAGGGUCCUCGGCCAACUUCGACUUUCGGCCCCCCCUCUGGCUUUGACUUUGGCUUCCCCGGAACACCCACGGAGUUUCAGAAAUCUCUCAUGCGGUUCGCUUUCCCAGUGCCCCACCAGAUUGAUGGUGGCUGGAGCGUGGAGUACGGCAGGCCGGAUCUGGGCUACAUGCUCAAAGAGUGGGCGACGGGCGGCGCUGACGGUCGUGGCAUCCUUGGUCGUAGGACAGCCGUGUUCGUCUGCGGUCCGCCCAGUAUGCGUGUCGGUGUCGCUAAUACAGUGGCCCGGUUGCAGGCAGAGAUCUGGGGUGACGACCUACUCGAGGAGAUAUUCUUACACACGGAGAACUAUGCUCUUUGA